AUGUCAACAAUAACCACCGGUGAUUUAGAACCACCAGAACCAGGCCUCGCAGGCCCAUCCGUUACCGCGGCGAGGCGGCCAGUCAAGAGACGCCGCUCAAGAAAAGAGCUAGAGCGGGAGAGAAUGGAAGAGGAAGAUGAGCUCGAGAAGAGAAAAAAGGCGCGUUUAGAGAGGGAGCAGGUUGAAUACCUGCUCCAACGAGUCAAAAGACUCGAAAAAGAAGUGGAAGAUCGAGACAGGCAGCUCGCCCACCAAUCACAGGUCAUCCGGGGCCUGCAGAGGUCGGCGGUUAUCCUCAGUCAGAACCCAGGUUCUGCUCCCGGCCCCUCCAGUGGUCCACACGCAGAGACCUUCUUCAGUUUGGGGCUCAAUUCUGCAUCUCGUCCCGAGCGUAUUCCUCGACCCCGAUCCCGAUCCCGAUCCUCCCGUAGCCCCUCGCCUAAUUCUACUCGCCACUCUUCUCCUCACACUCCUCGCCGGCACUCCUCUCUAGGGCCCGAUUCCGAUACCGACCACCCCGCUGCCGCCACUGCCGGUUGA